AUGGGAAGGAGCCCUGCUGACCGCCCGCUGUGCUCCAGCUCCCCGCAGCUCCUGGGUCUCCUAGCCGGCAAGUUCUCCAUCUUCCAGCUCUUCUUCCUCGCGCUGCUGCUGGGCUUCGCCUCGCUGCUCUGGUUGCAGCUCAGCUGCUCGGGCGAAGCGGCUCCCCCCGGGCGCGGGGCCCCCCGGCCGCCCUGCCUGCCCGAACCCCCCGCCCCUCCGGCCGACGACCCUUCGUGGGGGCCGCACCGCCUGGCAGUGCUCGUGCCCUUCCGCGAGCGCUUCGAGGAGCUGCUGGCCUUCGUACCCUACAUGCACCGCUUCCUCAGCAAGAAGAGGAUCCGCCACCACAUCCUGGUGCUCAACCAGGUGGACCACUUCAGGUUUAACAGAGCGUCGCUGAUCAACGUGGGCUUCCUGGAGAGCGGCAAUGACACGGACUACAUCGCCAUGCACGACGUCGACCUGCUGCCCCUCAACGAGCAGCUGGAUUAUGGCUUCCCCGAGGCCGGGCCCUUCCACGUGGCAUCCCCAGAGCUGCACCCGCUGUACCACUACAAAACCUACGUGGGAGGGAUCCUGCUGCUCACCAAGCAGCAUUAUGAGAUGUGCAAUGGCAUGUCCAACCGCUUCUGGGGCUGGGGACGGGAGGACGACGAGUUUUAUCGACGCAUCAAAGGAGCUGGUCUCCAGGUUCACCGUCCCUCUGGAAUCACAACUGGGUAUGAGACAUUCCAGCACCUUCAUGAUCCAGCCUGGAGGAAGAGAGACCAGAAGCGCAUUGCUGCACAGAAGCAGGAGCAGUUUAAGGUGGAUCGGGAGGGAGGUCUGAACAACGUGAGAUACCGGAUUGAGUCUCGGACUGCUCUGACUGUGGCAGGAGCCCCCUGCACUGUCCUUAACAUCCUGUUGGACUGCGACAUGAGUGAGACACCGUGGUGCACGUUUGGCUGAGCUGUGUCUCACGUGUCAGCAUGUGCUGUGCUCAUGUCAAGACGCCAGGGCUGCGCCGAGCUGCUUGGAACGAGGCAGUUUUGCAGCAGGCCAGCACAGUGCUGCUGGCAGGACCCAGAGGAGCAGAAAGGGCUGAGUGCUUGAAUUUGCUGGGAUCAGCAGAAGAGGCCAAGAGCAGGACUCCAUGGCAUUGCUGUGAGUGAUGCUGCUGUCUCCCAGGGCAGGUGCAGGAGGCGUUUUUCCUGUGCUGGGUACGGCUGAGCUGCCACCCAGUUCAGAGGACAAUAAAGAACUAUCAAGGCA